AACCGUCGUCAAAUCAACAUUUAAUUAAUACACAUAGAUAAAAAAAAUACAUUCUUUUUUUUUUGUCCGUCAACAAUUUUAUUUCAACGGAUUUUAUCUGUGAUAUAAGUUGAAGCUACAAGUGCAUUAUGUCCGAAACGAAUUUCUAAUUCACAAUUAUCUACAGCAAAUAAUUCGCUUUGAAUGAUUGAAUUGAUAUGAUGGGCUUACAAGCCGCAUCUGUACUGACCGAAGGUGUUUGGGCAUCAUUAACCGGUGGCUGGUAUUAUGAUAAAAAACAAUCUCAUUUUUCAAAUCUAUUCCAUCUUUACAUAUGGCUAAUAUUCUUGUGCUUUCCAUUCGUCAAUUAUGUUUUCUUCAACACAUGGAUAUCAUGGAUGUUAUAUUGUUUGUUCAUUGCAUUAAUAUUUAUUGUUAUCAAAUCUAUUAACGAAUAUUUUCAUCGAGUUUUUGAUACCGGUAAAUGUAUUAAAGAUGAAGCAACAUCAUCUUGUCAAGAUCCCGUCACGAAUUAUUUGAUUGACAAUGGUGAUGGUGAAUCGGUGAAUGGAGACAAAGAAGCUCUAGAAAUGGUUACUAUUUCGAAUAAUUCAACAACAAACAAUGAUCAACCGUCGAGGAAAGAAGAAAAUAUUAGUAUCAAUAAAAUAAUGAACGAAAUGGAUUCGAUAAAGAAACGAAUCGAAGCUACUGAUGAUAAUUGUUCCAAUGAAAUUACAUCAAAAACAAUCGAUCUAAAAGCCGAUGUUCAUCAUAACGAAUCGGAUUCAUCUUUUGGUAAUCUAUCAUUAUUGUUUAGAAGUGAAGAUGAGCCUUACGUUGAUUCAAAUGAACAAAAAGAAUUACCUCGAAAAAUAUCGGAUGAAGCAAUAAAACUAACAUCAGUCGUUAAAUCCGACACUUCUUUAUCUAACAUAGCAGCCAUAUAUACCAAAGGCAAUUCAUCCAAUAAUUCGGUCGGUGUAUUGGAAAAUCUUAACAAAUGUGAGCAGCAACAGAUGCAUACUUUUCGACGAGCACGAAGUGAAAUCGAAACGAUUAAACGAUCAGAACAUUCACGAACAUCAGCCAUUCCUCCAUCACACCCCGUUAGUAUGGAAAUAAUUAAUUCUAAGACUGACAAUAUAGAUAAGUCCGUUCCGUUAGAUAAAAGUAAAUUUAACGCUAAAGAAGGGAAUGGUAAUUCGGAAAUGGUUAGGAAUUCGAAAUAUCCAAAGUCGAAAUUGUUUCAAUCAGAAGAAACAGGCAUAAUAAAUAAAAUGAGUUGUAUCGAAGAGAACCAAAAUGAAAAACAAGUAUCCACCACCUGUAAUAGUGCCUAUAUCAAAAAAGAUUGUGAUUCAAGCGAAGAUGGUGAUGAAAGUGAAAUAUCAUUGUGUACGAAUGAUUCAGUUAAAGCUAAGUCAUCAACCCUGACAGCUUUAGCAAUCAAAAAAAUGUCCAAACAACCUAUGCGUAAGACUAGAUUUUCUUCAUCAAACAGUGGCCGCAAACGUUCAAAAUCAUCUUCUACUAGUGGCCGCUCUGAAUGGACCCAUAAAAACAUAUAUCAUGAAGUAGAUCAGCGAUAUCGCAUAAAACCUAGUAUGGUUUUGCUUAACACUUCGGAUGAAGAAGAUAAUGAGGCAAAAACUGCUGGUGGCACCAUUCGGCCAUUAUCAAAUCGUUUUCAAUUAUAUCAUCGUCAUUCAGAUUCAUCAUCACUUCCAUCAUCAUCAUCUAGUUCACCCUUAUCAAUGACUAGUGGUGAUGGUGUCAAACAUGAAAACUUUAAUCCAUCCAAUGUUGUCUACCCUAUAAAUUAUCCAUCUACGUCAUCAGGCAUCUCACAUCGAAUUGUGGAGCGGAAAAGAUUUCGAAACAAAUACCCAUCUUCAUCAAAAACACAAAAAUAUCAGCUCACAAAGGAAGGUAGUGUCAAUGAAGAUUUAUCAUCAAAUUUUCAAAAUAAAGCUAGAAAUUCACGAGGUCAAUUAUGGCCUACCAAUCCAUGUGAUAAUAAUAAUUCGAUAUCGAUGAAAGCUUUCAAUGAGUUUUGUGAACAAGGAUCUCGCUUGAAUGAUCCAGAUACAAAGACUUAUUCUCGUUCGAAUUCGUUACGUGAUGGCGAAUCAUUGAAAAAUUCACCCAAUAUAAUCAACGAAAUUUUUACAACUCCUGGUACUCAUUUGGCCACUUCACAUGAAGAUACGACCGUUGGUGCUGUACACGUAUUUCAAGAUGAACACGGAAAUUGGUUUACUUAUACAUUCGAUGAAAAUAGUACAGGAUUAGCCAAAGGAUUAUGUCCUCCUAAUCCGUUCACUAAACUGACUUCAUCAGCUACAUCCGCAACAACCCAAGCAAAUACAUCAAUGCCAAUGCCAAUAAUGGACAAUUCGAAUGAUAAAUUCAAAUCUAGUAAUGCAUUGAUACCUUCUACUUCAAUUUUCUAUCUCAACAAUCCUCUUUUAGAUCUUGGUGUAAGUUCGAAUAAUAAUAACAAUAAUAUUGAUUCGGUUACAACAAUUCGUGAUAUGAACAAAUUGGACGGCCUGUUUUUAUUCAAUAAUAAUCAUUCAUUUGAUCCAAUGUCAAUGUUUGAUCCACCCCCUGAUGUAUCGAGGGAAUUCGCACUAUCGAUCGCUUCUGAUUUCAUAAGCUCAUUGAAUAAUCAAUCGUUCCCUCAUUCGUUUCAACAAUCGCAACAAAAAUUGAAAUCUGCCCAUUAUUAUGAAGUGAACAUAUUGAAAAUGAAAACAGUGAAAAUUCGAUUCGAUCGAUUAGCUUUGUUGGCUUUUUUGGAUCGUAAUAUUACCACAUGUGAAUUAAUAUGUUCAAUAUUGUUGUCCAUUGCAGUCGCAUCUUUUACAUCUAUUCUGUUGCAAAAAGAAUUUUUUCAUGAUAUUCGUUUGUUUGUUUUCUGUUUUGUCGUUGCUGGCUCUCAUUAUACAUUAUUAAAGAGUGUUCAGCCGGAUGCUGCAUCACCAACACAUGGUUUCAAUAGGAUAGCAAUCUAUAGUCGUCCAAUCUAUUUCUGUUUGGUCAGCGCAAUUAUUCUCCUAUCAAACGAUUGUUACAAUAAUUAUUCACCACGAAUGGAUAAUAUUUAUUUUGAAAUCUAUGGUUUCAAUCUAAUUAACCGUGAUUUAUUCUUGACCAUCAGCAAUAUUGCACAAACAUUUAUUUUGAUAUUUCCUCUGUUAUUCAUGUUUGGCCUGUUACCUCAAUUCAAUACGUUUGUGAUGUAUAUAUUCGAACAUAUUGAUAUACAUUUAUUUGGUGGUACCGCAUCCACUAUGGGUAUGAUAUCGGCUAUUUAUUCAAUUUCUCGAAGUAUUCUGGCCAUCACCUUUCUUUAUUUAUGUGCUCAUCUAUUGAAUAUAAAAGAAACACAGCGUACAACUUUUUCGGUAUUCUGUGGAAUACUAGCUGCCAUCAGCUAUCUGCUCAGUCGUUCUCCAAGUGAUCCAUCAUUAUUUUGGAAUGUAAUCUAUGAGUUUCUCAUGACCAUCAAAAAUUUCUUCACAAGUUUAAUAACCAAUUCAAAAUCUAAAACAAAAUCUAUUGACACAAAUCGUGCCGAUGCAGAAAAACCUAUGACUAUCUCGAUGACGAGGAAAAAAUCGACUGAAGUAUUGAUUGAUCCAUUGCCUGAAAAAUUGAAAAAAAUUGCAUGUUCGCGCUUUGAAUCUGAUUUUAUCACCUGUAUAUUUGUCAUGAUUAGCGUUUUUAGCGUUCAUGUUAGUUCAAUAUUUAAAUUGCAACCAUAUUUCAAUGAUUACAUAACCGGUUUAGCUGUAUAUUGGAGUUUUAUAGUUCAUUAUCUUAUACCACAAUUUCGUAAACAAUUACCGUGGUUAUUGUUUUCAAGUCCGAUAUGUAAAUCAGCUGAAUAUAAAAAAUUUGAAGUCAGAGAACCGGCCAAAAAUAUGUGGUUCGAAAAGCUAGAAGCUUGGCUUUGGUUAGUAGAGAAGAACAUUCUAUAUCCGUUGCUAUUUUUAUCGUACAUUACCACCGACUGUCCAUUACUAAUCAAAAACUAUGGUAACAAUGUUGGCAUGUUGUUAUUGGUCAUUUUCGGAUUCAAAUGUUUGCGAAGUUCAUUUAAUGAUCCAUCACACAACUAUAUUAUCGUCAUAUUUACUCAUUUGUUUUUUUAUUACGAUUUUCGGAUAUUUAUCGACAGUCAUGACAAUAUAUUCCUUAUGAAUUUUUUUAUCAUGUCAUUUGUCUACUACAAGAUAACCGAUUUUCUGCUCAAAUUUCGUUUUGUCAUAACUUAUGUUGCUCCAUGGCAGAUUACCUGGGGUUCGGCAUUCCAUGCUUUUGCACAGCCAUUUAGCGUUCCUCAUUCUGCUCUAUUAAUGGUUCAAAUAUUUGUUUCAUCAUUGCUUUCUGCACCUCUUCAACCGAUUCUUGGCAGUGCAAUAUUUUUCACAUCAUACGUAAGACCGAUAAAAUUUUGGGAACGGGAUUACAACACUAAACGUGUCGAUCAUUCGAAUACCAGACUUGCAUCACAGAUCGACAAAGCUCAGAUUGGUUCAGAUGAUAAUAAUUUGAAUUCAAUUUUCUACGAACAUUUAACCCGUUCAUUACAACAUUCAUUAUAUGGUGAUCUAAUAUUAGGCCGUUGGGGCGAUGUAUCGCAAGGCGAUUGUUUUGUCUUAGCAAGUGAUAAUCUUAAUUGUUUAGUUCAUAUUAUUGAAUUAGGCAAUGGAUUUGUUACGUUCCAAGUUCGGGGCUUAGAAUUUCGUGGUACAUAUUGUCAACAACGUGAAGUUGAAGCAAUUACGGAAAAUGUCAGUGAUGAUGAUGGCUGCUGUUGUUGUGAUUCAUUUCGUGUCAAUGGCGUUUUAUCGAUUAAUGCAGCUUUCAAUCAGCGUUGGCUAUCAUGGGAAGUGACUCAUACAAACUAUGUUCUUGAAGGCUAUUCCAUAUCGGAACAUAUUGCAUCAACAAUUGUUCAACCAUAUGAUCUUCGUAAAGCACUGAUCACUUAUUAUGUUAAAUCGAUCAUCUAUUUUGUGAUCACAAACGAAAACUUUGUCAAAUGGAUCGAAAAUGAUGACAUUAAACAAUCGCUCAGCUAUUUGAAUGAAAAAGAUUUUGUUGAUCUUGAUCCUACAUUCAAUUACAAUAUUGAUGAAGAUUAUGAUAUUAUGGCCUCUGGUAUAACACGUUCUAGUUUUUAUUCCACAUAUUUUGUUUGGAUUGAUUACUGUAUAAAAAACGGUGUCCAUCCUGCUCAAUCAGAAAUUGUUCGUAAUGAUGAAGAAUCGGCUUUAUCUUUAUGUCUGGCUUUAAGCUUACUUGGUCGACGAGCACUCGGAACAGCAUCACAUCAUAAUUCAGCCUUGAUGAAUGUAGAGUUUUUUCUUUAUGGUUUUCAUGCUUUGUUCAAAGGAGAUUUUCGUAUUCAUUGUUCACGUGAUGAAUGGGUAUUUCAGGAUAUUGAUUUUCUCGACAAAGUUGUUUCGCCAAGUGUCCGUAUGUCUUUAAAGCUUCAUCAAGAUCAAUUCUACGAAGAAUACAUCUAUGAAGAUCCGAAAACAUUAUUUGAUGCUAUCACACAAUAUCAGAAAUCAAUGGUUAUUUCACAUGAAGCAGACCCUAUCUGGCGCAAAGCAAUAUUAUCGAAUGUUCCAUCAUUAUUGGCUCUACGUCAUGUUUUUGAUGAAGGAACCGAUCAAUAUAAGGUGAUCAUGCUCAACAAAAGAUACUUGAAUUUUCGUAUAAUCAAAAUAAAUCGUGAAUGUGUCAGAGGUCUUUGGGCCGGACAACAACAAGAGCUUAUCUUUUUACGAAAUCGGAAUCCUGAACGAGGUUCGAUACAGAAUGCCAAACAAGUUUUGCGUAAUAUAAUUAAUUCAUCCUGUGAUCAACCGAUUGGCUAUCCCAUCUAUGUUUCGCCAUUAACAACUUCUUUCGCGGAAACAUCUAAUUCACUUAAUCAAAUAAUCGGACCUUCACUUAGUUUCUUGAUGUUUAAACGAGCUAUCGUUGGAUUCUUCAAUAAAAUCAGUAAUCGUUGCAAUGAAGUAUGUACUGGCAGUAGUGGUAAUGCUACCGAAAUGAAUUUUGCUUCGGUUCGCCUGACUAAAAGUGAAUCUAGUGAUCGAGGUAUCGAAGAUUCUACAAAUGCCAAAGGCUCAUUAAUCGUAUCCUCACAGUCACAAAUUGUUCAAAUUUCGAAUUAUAGUCAAUAUUUGAAAAAACGAGGUAUCAACCGUAAUGAUGAGGAGGCCACGCAUAAUACUUCAGCCAAUCUAGUCACACCGAAAAAUGUAUUAUGUUUGCUUCAAAAUUCUAUCAAUCAAACACCGUCGACGCCUACAUCAUCUUUGAAUCAAAAUGAACCUAGUGUUGCUGUUACAUCCGUGUCAAACAAAGCAAUUACUACUGUUGGCCAAAUUUCCGACAGUUCUAUUAAUGUUAAUAAUGUUGAUCUUACAAAAUCCUUAAUUAUUGAAAAAGGAUUUGUUCAUCCGAAAGGAGAUGCUGUUUAAAUUAUGUUUUUGAUAUUUUUAUUCAUUUUUUAUACAAAAAUUAAUCAAUAAAAAGUGAUUUUAAUCGAUUUA